AUGGCUCCGAGGUUCAAGCAGGCUCUCCAGACGUUGCUCGGGAACGCUCCUAUGCUGGCUCGAAAGGAUAGUCCGCCGUACGUCAUGUGCACAACCUUCGACAUGUCGAAAGAAGCGACGGUGGUAUUUGCCCGUGCCACCUCGGCCGCGCCGACGUAUUUCGACCCGAUGAUAGUCACGACUGCCAACGGGACGCCCAAUCGAACCUUUGUCGACGGCGGCAUCCAAGCCAACUGCCCCGCCAAGCUGGCCGUCAAGUUUGCGACCGAGUUCCAGCUACACAGCCGCGCUGACAACUUUGUUGAGAUGAUCGCCUCGCUUGGCACCGGGCUCGAGAGUCCCUCUCUCUCGGUGCCACGCGACAACGGACUCUCCUGGGCUGCUCGGCUGAUCUCCUUUGCUCUCGAGUCGGAAAAGCUGUGGAAAGAUGGCAUCCUCGAGAAUGCCGCCUUGCGAGAUGUGCCAAAGGUGCGAGUCAAUCCGCCGGGUCUCGGCUCUUUGGAUCCCUUUGUCAGCUCAUCGAUCCCCGAGCUUCGCGAGGGGACGACAGAGUACUUGAAAAGCCACGCCGGGAAGCUGACGAUUGGUCGACUCAUCCACCUGGUUCACGCAAAGCUAUGGCGCAUCAAGCAGCUGACGAACCUCGUGGCAGGCACCGCAAGUCCCAUGCAAAUCGAGAUGCGGGAGCACCGACUCGAUUUCUCCACCAUGUCCGAGCCAGUCUUGCGCAAAAUUAUCGAGGACCGUCGCGAUUGCGUGUCUUCCGUCGAGCUGAAGGAGUUGCGUGACGAGGCUGAGGCGGCCUUUAGCGAGCAGCCAUUUGUCCCUUCACUAGAGGGGCGCUUUGUGGUCAAGUUCAACGGCACGGAGCAGGAGCUAACUGGGCGAGAGUUCAACAUCUCAUCGGCCGAGCAGGGGACGCCGCAGCUGCAGGUGUGGUGGCGUUCUGACUUUGGCGACUUCCCUAUCAGCGGCUUCCCUCGCAGCAUCCGGGUCGUUGGCGAGCAAUAG